GCACAAAUUAGCGUCGCACAUACUCUGUUUGUUUACGAGCACCGGCCAGCUAGUUAGCCUAGCGAGCUACAAACGUCACAUCAACGACCUACUACUGAACUUUUAGCGGAGCAGAAUGAAGCCUGCGGUGGACGAGAUGUUUCCAGAGGGAGCGGGUCCCUACGUGGAUCUAGACGAGGCAGGAGGCAGCAGCGGCCUGCUAAUGGACCUGGCAGCCAAUGAAAAAGCAGUGCACUCAGAUUUCUUUAACGACUUUGAGGAUCUGUUCGAUGACGACGACCUGCAGUGAUGACAGCGUCUCAACACCUGCGUGAUUCUGUCAACAUGUACAUAGAAGAAAUGAAGAAAACCGUCUUAUUCUCGCUGCACCUUCUCUUUUAUUUGUACAGCCUCUCUUGUAUAAGUCACUCGGCACCAUACUGAAAUAAAGCCUUUUUGUUUUCCACAAAAAAAAA